AUGGUCCACAACGGCAACUACACCACCACGCGCACCACCUUUCCGUCGCACGGCGAGACGUGCGCCGGCAUUCUCUGCACGCCCAACGGCAAGGCCCCUUUCCCCGCCGUGGUCCUCCUGGGCCCCUACUCGUUCCAGAAGGAGCAAGCACCGCUGCACUAUGCCUGCCGGCUCGCGGACGAGGGUUAUGUCGCACUUGCGUUUGACCCGCGCACCGUCGGCGAGAGUACCGGCACCCCGCGUCGCCUCGAGAACCCCAAGAUGAAGAAUGAGGACGCCGUGUCGGCCAUCACGUACCUCGAGUCCCUUCCCCAGGUGGACGCCAAGCGGAUCUACGCCGCCGGCAUCUGCCAAGGUGGACCCGAGCUCCUCGACGUGGCCUCAUACGACAAGCGUAUUCGCGCCGUCGCCAGCGUCACGGGCUACUUCCGAGACCGCGAGACGGACCUGUUCAUGAUCGCGGCCGGCGUGACCUUGAACCCGUUCGACGAGGCAACUGCGCCAACGGAGCAGGAGCGCGAGAAGCUUCUCUCUGACCGGCUCGCGCGCGCCCAGGCCGCCAAGGACAAGUACGAGUCCACCGGCGAGGUGGUCUACGCGCCCUUGGUCGCGCCCGAGCUCGGCGACCGCGUCAAGGGCUCCGACGCCGGACUGCCCGGCCCGCUCGUGUGGUCCUGGUACGGCCCGUGGACGCUCAAGGGCUGGGAGAACAAGUACGCCAUCAUGUCGGACCUGGACCACUUCGACUACUCCACCGUCGAGGGCGUGAGCAAGCUCAACACCCCCGCACUCAUCAUCCACGGCGACAUGUGCAUGAACUCUGCUGCGGCGAAGCGCCACUUCGACUCCAUCCCGACCAAGGACAAGAAGCUCGUGUGGGAUAAUGACGUCAACCACUUCCAGUACUACGACUCGCCGGAUAUCGUCGACCGCACCGCGGGCAAGAUUGCCGAGUGGUUCAACGCGCACUAA